AUGCUCGUCCCUUCCAUCAUCUCGGCCGUCUCGGCCAUCCUCUUUGGCGCCCUCACCUACCAUCCUUAUCAGGAUCACCUCAAGCUCCACGGGCGUCAGGCAAGCGGCAAAGCCGCCAGUGCAGAUACACUCACCAGCCUCAACCUCGACUCCUGCCACUCAAUCUUCGCCCGCGACAUCCGCACGCCCGCCACGCCUGCAGAGGCAAGCUACUGCGACGAUGUCACCCUCCACCGCCAGUCAGGCAUGGCCUACUUUAGCUGCGACCCUUCCAGGCUGACCUGGGACGCCCGUGCCGGGAUAUGGGACGAUGACCUGGUCGGGGCGCAACCUGGCCAGCAGGGCGUCGGUGCCAUCUGGGCGUGGGACACGACAAAGAGCAGGCACCCGCGCCAGAUGUUCAUCUCCUUCCCGCCUCCCAGCGCCGAAGAGCAGGCACCCGCCGACCUGCACACCUCCUUUCACCCUCUCGGUCUGGCCGUCACCGUGCCUCACCCCUACUACCUCCCCGACAACCUGCGCGCCGCCAACGAGAGCGAAUCGAUCGAGGUGCCCGCAGUGGUCGUGCUGGUCGCCAAUCACCCGCGCCCCCGCAAAUCUGGCGUCAUCGACGUCUUUGUCCACGACCUCGAUGGCGUCGGCGGUCGAGACAAUACGGUCCUGCGCUGGAUCAAGCGCAUCGAGGGCGAGCAGCUCAUGGGAAUAGAUGAUGAAGAGAGGACACCCACCAUCGAGAUCAACCCGUUCCGCAUCGCCGUCUUCGACGAGCAGCACUCUGCCAGCAUUCCCCGGCUUUCUCCGCCUACUGCCGACAGCGAUGCCGACGAGAAGCUCAGCGACGCCGAAUCCGCACGACGCCACAUCCGCAUCCCCAGCUUCUUUAUGACCUCGCUUCCGACCGCGAACCAGCUGGCGACCGACGAUGGCCGGGCCUCGUCGGCCGUCUUCACCUCGUACAUGGACUACGUGCGCGCGUUGCUGCAGCCGAGCCAGCUCAAGGACAUGGAUGGCCCCGCGGAGCGCGUCUGGCUGCACCACGCCUCGGUCUCGCAGACGGUCCCCGUGCGCAUGGACGGCGGCCGGGUCGAUGCCUGGACGGGGUUGCCGCCCUUGAUCCAGGCGUGGGAUGCCAAUGGCGAGCGCGGUGCAUCGAACUCGUCGGCCAGCUCGCUCUUCCUGUCGCGCGUCGACACCAACCGAGCCGGCUUCAGCGAGUGGGAGCAACACUGGGUGCGCGGCAUCAGCUUCGGCAUCACGCCUCACGAGGUCAACGCCGACAAGGAGGGCACCGUUAAACGGCUGAUCAACACGUACACGCCCUCGUUUGUCAGCUUCUGGAAGAAGCCGAUGUCUUUCCCGCUCCGCGCCCUUGCCGUCGACGCCAUCGGCCGUGUAUGGACGGCGGGCACGCCAGACACGCUGGCGACAGAGGCCUGGAUCGAGCACCGACGCAACGAGCAGCGACGCCAGCUGGGUUCGACACGCCACCGCAGCCAGCCGGCUGCCGGCGAGUUCAGCAGCGCACCGCCACGCCCCGCAUCGCAGAUCGACCAGACCACAUUCCUCUACCGGCCCGUGGCUGGCACGCCGCUGCACCCGUGGGACACGGAGAAGCUGGAGCGCCUCAAACGGAACGGCUACUUUACCAAGAAGGAGUUCUACACGUCGCCCGUGUUCAGGCAGCGCGCCGAGACCGAGGCCGAGCUCGAGUCGAGCACGGGCGACGAUGUCGAGAAGGGCAAGACGUUCCUGCCCACUGUUCCGACAGCCAUGGCCGUGGACCACGAGAGGGGCUUCGUCAUUGUCGCGGGCGCCUACGACGAGAGGGGCGUGGCCAAGUGCAGUAUUCCGCAGGGCUGGGCCGAAAAGUAG